AUGCCUUCGCCUGCCGACGACAAGGCUGGGCUCCCGCCAUCGGCGGAGCCCAGGAAGGAUGCCAAACUCGGCCUCAUGUCGGGCGUCUACAUCCCCGUCUGCCUCAACAUCAUGAGCAUCCUCAUGUUCCUGCGGUUCGGCCUCAUCCUGGGACAGGUUGGCUUCAUGGGAAUCCUGGGCCUGCUGGUCACGGCAUACUGCGUCGACUUGCUCACCACAUUGUCGCUCUCCGCCAUUGCCUCCAACGGCGAGGUCAAGGGUGGUGGCGCAUAUUACCUGAUCUCGAGGUCCCUUGGUCCCGAGUUUGGCGGCUCCAUUGGCAUCCUGUUCUUCCUCGCCCAGGCCCUCAACACUGCCAUGAACGUUGUCGGUCUCAUCGAUUGCAUUCGCCUCAAUGUCGGCCCCGGCUUCCCCCAGGGAUACUGGGUCGGCUACGGGUUGCAGACGGUCGCCCUGCUGCUAUGCACCGGUCUCUGCCUGCUCGGCUCUGCCACCUUCUCCAAGGCCUCCAACGCGUUGCUUGCCAUCUUGACUGUGGCCGUCGUCAGCAUCCCCGUUUCUGCCGUCGUGAAAGCGCCCUUCCGGGACGAUGACACUGGCGUCGUCUUCACUGGCUUCAGCCUUCACACCUUGGCCACAAACUUCUUACCCCACACGAGUGGCGGCGAGUACAAGGGCCUGUCCACAUUCAGAGACCUUUUUGGCAUUUUAUUUCCAGCAACUUCAGGCAUCUUUGCCGGCGCAUCAAUGUCCGGCGAUCUGAAGGAUCCAAGCAGGUCCAUUCCGAGCGGAACACUUUGGGCCAUGUUGACGACCUUCAUUGUCUAUUUCGUCGUCGUUUUAUCUAUGGCCGCCAGUACCACGCAUGAAUCGUUCCUUGCCAAUGCAAAUGUUAUCCCCCUUACCAACCUAUCUCCUCCCAUAAUUCUCGCUGGAGAGUGUGCCGUCACCUUCUUCUCAGCCUUGAUGGGCAUCAUCGGUUCCGCCAAGCUGUUUCAGGCCCUCGCCAAAGACAAGCUUCUCCCCGGCCUCGCAAUCUUUGGCAAGGGGACAAAGAAGGCGGAUGAGCCCAUCCUUGCCAUUUUCUUAACCUAUUUGAUAGCUCAAGUUGCCUUGCUUGCAGAUCUGAAUCAGAUUGCCACGUUUAUCUCUAUGGGUUACCAGAUGACCUUUUUCGUCAUGAACUUGGCCUGCUUCUUACUCAAAAUUGGGUCAGCACCGAACUUUCGCCCUGGGUUCAAGUUCUUCAAUUGGCAGACCGCCUUGGUGGGCAGCUUGCUAUCUGCCGCUGCCAUGUUCUUCAUUGAUGAGACAUACGCAUCCAUUGCAAUCUGCGUUCUCGUCUUCAUUUUCCUCCUCAUUCAUUACCUCUGCCCCCCGAAACGGUGGGGAGAUGUCUCACAAAAUCUCAUCUACCAUCAAGUGAGAAAGUACCUCUUACGCCUAAAGCCGGAACACAUCAAGUUCUGGCGGCCGCAUAUCAUCCUGCUCAUCAACAAUCCUCGGCGCCAGGCACGCCUCAUACAAUUCUGCAACUCUAUGAAGAAGGGAUCGUUGUACAUCUUGGGCCAUGUUAUCGUCUCUGACGACUUCAGCACUGGCGUCCACGAAGCACGACUUCAACAGCAGGCCUGGACCAAAUAUAUAUCCGAGUUUUCACGGAUCAAGGCUUUUGUGCAGCUGACCAUGUCUCCGUCCAUCACGUGGGGUAUACGGAAUCUAAUCCUGUCGGCGGGCCUGGGUGGUAUGAGGCCCAAUAUCGCCGUCUUGGGAUUCUAUAAUAUGGACGACUUGCGUAAGUCUGGGUCUAGGUGUGUGAUACCUGAGAUUCCUGCAUCGCCUGCCGACAAGAUGAGACGACCGCGGAAGGCCGAGGAUAAGGCGCCGAUGACGAAGCGUCGUCGUGGCGAUACUUCCGCCCGACUUCUGGAAGGCGUGUUGCCCACGGAUGCAAUUCGAACAGAGAACAUGAUGUCUCCCACAGAGUACAUGAUCAUGCUAGAAGACCUCGCCCUCAAGUACCGUCUAAAUGUUGCGGUAGCACACGGAUUCGGCGAUCUGGAGUCGCCUCGCAAGGAUGGUGGCAACGCAAAGAAGUAUGUCGAUCUCUGGCCGAUCCAGAUGUCUGCGGAAGUAUCUUCUCAGGGAACGAAUGUCUUAACCACGAAUUUUGAUACCUACACUCUGAUUUUGCAGUUGGGCCAUAUCCUACAAAGUGUGCGGACAUGGAAACGAGCCUUUGCACUCCGAGUUAUGGUAUUUGUUGAAUACGAGAGCGAGGUCGAAGAGGAGCGGGCUCGUGUCACUGCCCUGCUCGAGAAGCUACGAAUUGACGCCGAAGUGCUCGUUUUUUGGCUUGCGGCUGGACACCUCAACACCUACGAACUCAUCGUCAACGGCCACACAGACGACAUCGACACCGAAAUCGUUGUCAGUGAUGCGCUCAAAGACGAGGAUUGGUGGGAUUCCCUUCAGAGCUUCCGCGGACAAGCAGGGCAAAUGUCGGCGAGCCAGGAGAUGACACAGAUUAAUCAAAUAGUGGGCGCGGCUGCUGGACGAACAGACCUGCAUGGGGAUGAUGGUUUUGACCGACGCCGCUCGAGUGUUGCUGAGCUUGCCAACGUGCUCAAGAAACCAGACAUUGGACUGCUUGCCCGGCUUGGGGUGAACCCGGGUAUCCACACGCACCACCUCGCGGACGAUGUGCUCCAAGAGGAGGCGUCAGACGACGAGUGGUCCACAGAAUCAGAGCUAUCAGACGCCGGAGAUGAGUUCGACUUUGGUGUUGACACGUCGGAGAGCAGGAGUGAUGCCGAGUUUGGAGAUCCGAUGAAGCAGUCCUUGCUAACGAAGGGUCUGCUGGAGGCAACAUCUUCGACGAAGGCCUCGCGAGGCCGCAAGCCGCAGCCUCCGCAAGGCAAUGUUCCCGCCCCGUCAUACGGCACAAUGACUACUUCCCAAACAUUGACCGAUUAUCAAGACGAACAAGAGCCCCGUCGUGUGCCCGAAUUCAAGAAGACCGACGCAAGCCCGUCGCCUCAUGGAGGCCGCGGGCGCGACGCGAAAGACGUGCGAGCAAAGCUGGAAACGUUCCCGGCACUCACUCCUCUUGGCAUACCGCACUCCCAUUCUGAUGCAUCCCGGCGAUCCAGAUCCAUGAGUCCAUCAGCAACAGAGAGGCAAACCAAGCGUGAUGGGACAAUGACGCCCUUGCGCCCAUCCUUCUCUCGCCAGUCCUCGGCGGUGCGCUUCUCCAGUCGUCCAGUUCCAGAGACAAGAAUCACGACGGAGGGCGGGGGUUCUAGGAUCGGCUUUGCCCCUGCGCCCGCCGAGUCGAGCCCAGUGACACCUCGAGCCGAACGUCCGACGCACUCCAGACAGUCUUCAUGGGGGAGGUUCUCCAGCAGGCCGGUCCCCGAGGCGAAAGUCAGCGUCGGCGAAGAGAUGGCGCGUACGAUACACUUUGCAGAGCACCCUGCGAACAAGUCGCACUCUGGAUCCCAUUCUCGACACCACUCUCGUCAAGGCUCUCAGUUUUCCAACUUUGGGCAGGGUGACGUGAGUUUGAGCAUUCCGGAGCUGGUAGAGUCGUACAAGCAGGACUCUCACGUGGGCGAGCCCGAGGCCGGGUCGACAUACUCUACGCAGGGCAUGUCUCUAUCUUUCAACGAUCUUCCGUGCCGGGCGCAACACCUGAUUCUUAAUGAGCUCAUGCGACAGCACUCGAAGGAAACGGCGGUUCUUAUGAGCACGCUGCCGAUUCCCUCCGAGGGGACCUGUCUCGACGAGGCUGACUCGAUUCAGUACCUUUCCGACAUUGAGGUUUUGUGUAACGAGCUGCCGCCGACCCUGAUGAUUCUGAGCAACAACAUGACGGUGACGGUCAGCCUGUGA